CGUUCUGUUUGUUUAGACUUUCUUGAUUAUCUUCUGUCUUGUUUGCAAUUCUGCGCUGUAACUAGUAGUAGUUGUAAGAAGCUGUAUUUCGUUCAAUUGCCGUAAUAUUGUUACAAUUCAUCUCAUACUUACAUGGAUGUUGUUCUUGUCUUUAAUAUCGACCACCAAAUAAGAAGAAUUUGAAUUACAGCAUAUUUUUAUAACAGAUUUAGGACAACAACCACAACAACAACAAUCUAUCAAGUAAGUACAAGUUCUGAACUACAAAAAAUGAACAAGUCAUCUUCCUCUUCGUCGUUUGCCGGAUUCUCAUCCUGGCCUUCGUCCGGCUUGCUGCAGCAGAUUUCGAAGUUGAACAAGCGUCGCAAUGUUGCGCAAUGCAAUAACAGCAAUCGAGCGGAAGACACACUCAAGCCGAUAGGCGAAGGCGAGUUCCGGACUGUUACUCUUGUUAUGCUUUCAGGUCACACACCAGAUCAGAUGAUACGUAAUGUAGUCACGCGUGGAAUAGGAACAGAAAAAGGAGCUUGCAGCCCGAGGGGCAGUCGAUGGGGACUAAAACUAGUAAACUGUCGCCGGGGACUGAUAGUACUGGUGAAAAUUAUUGCCUAAGGUUACUUAACUCUCUAAUCACUGCCGCUACACUGAGGGCCCGAGACAGGGAGAAAAGUGCGCAAUGAAAAGAUUUAAAAGCGGGAGUGCCGUGUACGAGGCAGCAUUCUUCAAGGCUGACAUUCUGGCAUGCGACAAAGCGGUCUCGGUCAUUCGGUGGCGACUUCAUGCAGCACGUGGACAAUGUCGCGCCCGGCGUCACGAUAAAAGCCAGGCGUUUGGGAGUUGUGUUCAGAAGACGGGGUCUUCUCGUUCUCGACGUACACCUACUGACGUGAUCCUAGUUUGCGAGAAAGCUCAAAGUUAG